AUGGGUGAAACAACUGCCCUCGAAUGCUUGUCCAACUUUUGCCAAUGCGUGAUACAAAUAUAUGGAGGUGAGUACUUAAGAAAACCCAAUGCAACUGACAUCACUCGUUUGCUUGAAAUGCAUGAACAAAAGCAUGGUUUCCCUGGGAUGUUAGGAAGUCUUGAUUGCAUGCAUUGGGCCUGGAAAAAUUACCCGGUUGCGUGGAGGGCACAGUACACGCGAGGCGAUCAUGGCUAUCCAACAAUUGUACUUAAGGCAGUCGCAUCUGUCGAUUUGUGGAUAUGGCAUGCAUUUUUUGGAGUUGCUGGAUCUCGCAAUGACAUCAAUGUGCUUAAUGAGUCACCUAUUUUUAAUGAUGUUUUGAAAGGAAAUGCACCGGAAGUUAAUUUUAUUGUGAACGGUACACAAUAUACAAAAGGGUACUACCUAACAGAUGGUAUAUAUCCGGAAUGGGCCACUUUCGUCAAGAGUUUUUCCUGCCCUCAGGAUCCGAAAAGAAUUAAAUUUAAGGAAAGACAAGAAGCUGCAAGAAAAGAUGUCGAGCGGGCAUUUGGGGUACUCCAAGCUCGUUGGGCAAUUAUAAGAGGUCCAGGGCGACAUUGGUUUAUGGACAAAUGCAAAGAAAUCAUGUAUACGUGCAUUAUUUUACACAACAUGAUUGUGGAGGACGAAGGUCAUGCAAUAUCGAUUUGGGAUCGCGAAGAACAAGAUACAAUCACAGCGAAUCAUGGCUCAACCAGUGAAUUUGCUGAAUACAUUCGAAGAAAUUCCGAGUUACGUGAUACUCAGGUGCAUCAUCAACUUCGUCAUGAUUUGGUUGAACACAUCUGGGAAACAUACCAUCAUGAUGAGUAA